AGCAAAUGCAAGAACUACACGAAAAGAGAGAAGAGAGGGAAGGCAGCAACCACAGCCUCAUAUUUCCCACCUACCUCUUUGUUGCCUGAUAUCAGUCACCUCCUUCUAUUUUCGUUUCUUAGAUAUUCAUAGCUUUUAAUCUUGAUUUUAAUUUAUUUUACCAGCUUACGAUCGCAACACACACAACCUGAUCUUGCUGAUACCUAGAUAACUUAUUGUUCCUUAUCCCCAUAGAUAUACGAACCAGUAUCGCUCCUUUCUCCUGCUGCCUCGAUCCCGAUUUAGAUGCCCUCUCGCCCAUAAUGGAAGAUCAGGCUAUGGACCAGGAAGAAUGGAAUCCCAUGGGCUCCCCGUCAAUCUCUACAAACCGUCCUCGGCCUAUGCGAUCCGCGAGGCCAACCGAAUUUACUUCCUCAGAAGGCUCUCCGCUUGAUGCGGCUAUCAGCCAGCUACUUAAAGAAAAACCCGACCCAAACGACAACAGCUACAAUUCUGAGUAUCGGGAACAUCGAGAUAUCUGUAUACUUCGCCGCGUGGAUACCGAAUACCGUUCGGGGGAUACGCUGGUAAUCGUGGAAUUCCCCCAGGGUUAUGUAGAUUGCAAAGGAGAUCCGUGGACGCCGAAACAGUUCUGUGUCAAUUCAGAAAAGCUUCUAGCUACUGGUUCAAGGGUAUUCGAGCGUUUAUUGUCACCAGAAAUGCAACUUCGCGCCCGAAAAAGAGCCAAGGCACCAGUGUCCCAAAGAUAUGUCGUCGACCUAACACCUUCUACUGAGGGAGAUGAGCUAGCUGCUCAACUAAUAGAGCUAUCCCUACCACCGGGCGUCCGAGACUGGUGGACGUCCAAGGAAAGAUUGGGCAUAUCACCUUACAUUGUUUCGGGUCAUGAUGACCAUUGCCCAUUCCAUAGCACAGUCCUCGUUGAUUGCAAGAAAACCACCAGGUGUCUUACGAAACGCGACGCUCCACUUCCAAAUAUCGACCUAGCCUAUAUCGAAACCCCGGAGUCCAGAAAUAUCGAUGAUUAUUGCCCCAUUCGCCAUCGUGCCAAUAUCAUCCGCCUCAUCUUAGCCAUUGAGGGUCAGGAUCUGGUUUUGAACUCUGCACCACGAGUAUACACACUCACUGGAGUCGCCAACAUACUAGAUUGUUCGCGUGUCAUUGCAGAUUCUGUGUACACUUGGUUCAUGACGGAGCCCAACACCGAGUUCAUUGAUAUCAAUACCGAAGCCGCAUUCAAAGUUGCCUGGACGUUGAAACUACCCAACGUUACUCGAGCUGCUUUUCGAAUUCUUGUAGCUGAGAAGACCCUCGAUACGCUUGCUGUUCGAUUUCCAGCGCGAAGUCCUCGUCAUACGGUAUUCGGUCGCCCUCGUGUUGACCUCCCUGACGAUUUACAGACUGUUGUCCAGUAUGCCACACACAAAUUCGCCGAUCGCAUCCAGUACACGUUCGAUGUGAUGAAAUCCGAUAAAUUCUAUGAUAUGGUCGAAUUAGUGGAGUACCGAAAAUUUGUCGCGGUCGGCGAGAUUCUACGCAUUACCAUUUCAAACAUUCCUGACUCGGAAGCGAAAUCUUGUCGUGCUACCAAGUUAAAUCAACUCUUUAGCGCCUUCAUAAUUCUCUCUACGAAGCUGUUAGAGUACAAAGACCUACUUUUGCACGAGGCGAUGGAAUCCGAUCCAACGAUUGAGCAACGUGUGGAUUUCGAUCGUGACCGCAAAUGCUACGUUCCUCACAACAACUGGGCUGAGAUUAUAGUGCUGUAUCGCGAGUUCUCCGAUGCGCAACAUCUGCUAAAACCGCAUUUCUGGGAGAAUUUAGCAGCAUAUCCUCAACAAUAUACAGAGCCUUAUUAUACGGAUCGGUUUCUGAGUGAAUACGUUCAGACUUACAAUUUCCGAUUAAGCGAAGCAAUCGCAUAUAUACACUUCGAGACGGGCAGUUUUAAUUCUGCAGAUCUCCGAUUCCAUCUCCCGGAAUUUCGUGAAGAACUCGCCGCCUCUUUGGAUAAUAUGUAUCUGAAAUGGACAAAAUGCGCUCUGGAAACCCCUCUUACUCGAACGAAUCACCUAGUUCUAUCACUAUCCGAGGAUGAGUUUGUAUACCUUCCGCUUUGGGCGGAUGGCUUAAACGAUGAAACAGGUGGCGUAUUUGAUCCGCUCGUGCCGGAUGCGGAUCUGGGACCGAUCGGCCCUGGCCCAGCCUACCAUAGCGGCGCUACAGUUGGAACGGACGUCUCGAGUAUUAGCGAGACAUCUGAUCGAACGCCGAGUGGGGCUAGCACCAUUACCCUAACUGCUGGACGAUCAAUGGCGGCUGUGCCUUCUAAUGUAGGGGCUAGUACCAUACCUGAUGUGUCCGAUCGGGAAUCUGUAGGAGGGAACGAUGCCAUGUCUAUAGACUCGGUCGUUACGGCGGCGUCUACGGCUACCCUAGACGAUGAUAUCGAGUUUCUCGAAUAUGAAGAAAGUGAUACGACAGACGAUGAAGCCUGGUCUCACGUUGAGGGACCUUAGAGUUGGCCAUAUAUGGGAAGGUUCUGGGCGCUUGCUGUGUCAACAAGUAACAGGAGUUUCACGAGGGGAAUAUAUCUACUUAGGGGAUUAGAUAUAUGCGCGAAUGUAGCGAUGGGAUGGAUAAAAUGCGAUCUACGUGCAUAUGCGGUCUGAUAUUUUCCCGCUAUUUGUUUGGAACAAGAGAAUGAGCUACGAUGAAAUGACACAGAGGGUUUGGAUAUAUUUCAUUUGGAAAGGAUUGGGGGCAUAUCGCGUGGUAAAGAUUUACGAUAUCAUAUCGGGAGGUUAAUACUACGUGAUUCGGAUUGGAUUGCUAGAUGGCGUCGCUAUUAUCGUCGUGAGCGGGGCCUACAUAUCAGCUGUGACUAUUAUUAUUUCUUUUUCAGUUGGCCAGUACAUAUGUAUCUAUAUAUACCUAGGUACAUAGGUAUGUACCUGCCUCCUAGCUAGGGUCACACAAUUGCACACAUUACUCGCCAUCACCAUCGUAG